ACAGGAUUCCAAUACGUACUGUGAGUCGACGUUGAGUAAUGGUACCGAAAUUCCGAAAACUGUUGUUGAGGAUAGUUUGUACAAUGGAUUGAUACCGGUUAAUAUUAUUUAUUCUUGUCAUAGAUGCCUGAUGCAGUUUUAUAAAUAAAAUUGCUUUCAGUAGUUAAGAAGGCUGAACUUGUUCGUUCUUUUUUACCACAAAGUGUGCAUCGUUUAACAUUGGAACUGAAAGCAUGUACUCGAUAUGCAAGGUCACACAUCCAGCAACAGGAGUGGAGCAUGCCCUUACUUGCUACUUUUUCAGUCGGACAGAGAAGUCCCUUGUUGUGGCUGGUGCGAACAUCAUACGAGUGUUCGGACUUAUACCGGAUGUGGACCCAGCAAGCAAGAAGGAUGUAUAUACAGAGAAGCGACCACCAAAGAUGAAGUUGGAGUGUUUGGCAACUUAUAGCCUGUUUGGGAAUGUCAUGUCAAUGCAAGCAGUGAGUUUGUCAGGAUCAGCACGUGAUUCACUGCUCAUCAGUUUCCGAGAUGCCAAGCUCAGUGUUGUGGAAUAUGAUCCUGAAGUCCACGACCUAAGGACCUUAUCCUUGCACUACUUUGAGGAGGAAGAGAUGAGGGGGGGCUGGACUCAGCACUAUCACAUUCCAAUGGUGCGGGUUGAUCCUGAAGGUCGGUGUGCAGUCAUGUUAGUAUAUGGGCGGAAGUUGGUAGUCCUUCCCUUUCGUCGGGAGACAGCUCUGGAUGACCCUGAAUUGGUAGAUGUUAAACCCAGUAGCAGUGCUGCCAACACAAAAGCCCCAGUCCUUGCUUCAUACAUGAUAGUUCUGAAGGAACUGGAUGAGAAAAUGGACAAUGUGAUAGAUGUGCAGUUCUUGCAUGGCUAUUAUGAGCCCACCCUGCUCAUCCUGUAUGAGCCUGUUAAGACAUUCCCAGGCCGCAUUGCUGUACGCCAAGACACAUGUGCCAUGGUAGCUAUAUCCCUCAACAUCCAGCAGAAGGUGCAUCCCAUCAUUUGGUCCAUGUCAAAUUUGCCAUUUGACUGCACACAAGCCAUUCCCGUGAGGAAACCACUUGGUGGAACUUUGGUGGUGGCCAUCAAUGCCCUCAUAUAUCUGAACCAGAGCGUGCCUCCAUAUGGUGUGUCUGUUAAUAGCAUCAAUGAAGUGAGCACCAACUUUCCACUAAAGGUGCAGGAAGGGGUAAAGCUCAGUCUGGAAGGUGCUCAAGCAACCUUUAUCUCAUAUGAUCGGCUUGUCAUUUCUCUGAAGGGGGGUGAGUUAUACGUCCUCACACUCUAUGCUGACAGCAUGCGCAGUGUUCGUAGUUUCCACUUCGAGAAGGCUGCUGCCAGCGUGUUGACCACAUGUACCUGUGUGUGUGAGGAGAAUUACCUGUUUCUUGGGUCCAGGCUGGGCAACUCGCUGCUGCUCAGGUUUACAGAGAAGGAGCAGAGCACUGUGCUCACAUUGGAGGAGAAGACAUAUGCUGCAAAGUCUGACCAGCCAGUGAAGAAGAAGCGACUAGAUACACUAGGAGACUGGAUGGCAUCUGAUGUUGCUGAUAUCCGUGACCUUGAUGAACUGGAGGUGUAUGGAAGUGAGACUCAGACUUCAGUCCAAAUUGCUUCAUAUGUAUUUGAGGUGUGUGACAGUCUGCUGAACAUAGGACCUUGUGGCAACAUAUCGAUGGGGGAACCUGCAUUCUUGUCUGAAGAAUUCUCCAACAUGCAGGAUCCAGAUAUAGAACUAUUUACUACAUCUGGCUAUGGGAAGAAUGGGGCAUUGUGCGUUUUACAGCGUUCAGUGAGGCCACAGGUGGUAACAACUUUUGAGCUCCCAGGCUGUGUUGACAUGUGGACUGUGAUUGGAACAAAGGAUGCAAUUGAAGAUCCAGAACAAGAUUAUACACAUGCUUUCAUGAUUCUCAGUCAGCAGGACUCCACCAUGGUCCUGCAGACUGGGCUAGAGAUUAAUGAGGUGGACAACUCUGGCUUCAGCACACAGGGCCCCACAGUGUAUGCAGGCAAUCUUGGCUACAACAAAUACAUCAUCCAGGUGUCACAGAUGGGUGUGCGACUGCUGCAGGGUGUGGAGCAGGUGCAGCACAUCCCUCUGGACCUUGGCUCCCCCAUUGUGCAUGCAUCAUCUGCAGACCCACAUGUGGUCAUUCUAAGUGAGGAUGGCCAAGUGAUUUUGCUGACACUUAGAGAGAGCCGUGGCCAAGGUAGACUGAGUGUCACACGACCCACCCUCUCUCUUAGACCAUACAUCAUCACAUUGUGUGCUUACCGGGAUGUGAGUGGACUGUUCUCCACCAGCCUCCCUGAAGAUGAAGUUGAGCUCAAAUCCAAAAAGGAUAUUAAGUCAGAAGAGAGCUUAAGGAGGGAGGUUGAUGAUGAAGAUGAAAUGCUAUAUGGAGAAACUGAAGUCCCUUUGUUUGAACCACCUGUCAUCCCAGAACCAAGCAGCACUACUGUGAUGUCCAUGAUUGGUGAGACACCUUGGUGGCACAAGUACCUACAGGAAGUAAAGCCCACAUAUUGGAUCCUGCUUACGCGUGACAAUGGAAACCUUGAGAUAUACACGCUGCCAGACUUUAGGCUCAGCUAUCUUGUGCGUAACUUUGGACAGGGGCUGCGUGUGUUGGUAGACAGCCUGGGGGCCAUCCCUAUGCCUGUUGGGGUCUCUGAGAAUUCUCCUCCCAUAGCAUAUGACAGUCAGGUACGGGAGAUCCUGAUGGUGGCACUGGGUCAUCAUGGCAGCCGCCCUCUAUUGGUUGUCAGACUGGAUGAUGAACUACUUCUUUAUCAGGCAUACCGCUACCCUCGAGGUUACCUGAAACUCAGGUUCCGGCGGCUUGCACACAACAUCCUCAUCCGGGAGAGGCGUUCUCGAUCAAGGAAGAAGCCAAUAGACACAGAACAGCAGUUGGAAUCACAUGUGUGUCAACUGCGGUACUUCAGCAACAUUGCUGGCUACAAUGGGGUAUUCAUCUGUGGACCAUAUCCCCACUGGUUGUUUCUGACAUCACGAGGAGAGCUUCGGACCCACCCCAUGGGUAUAGAUGGUGCAGUAACUUGCUUUGCUCCAUUUCACAACAUCAACUGCCCACAAGGGUUCCUCUACUUUAACAAGAAGGCAGAGCUGCGCAUUGGUGUGCUGCCAACACAUCUGUCAUAUGAUGCACCAUGGCCAGUAAGGAAGGUCCCACUGCGCUGCACACCCCACUUUGCAACAUACCAUUUGGAGAGCAAGACGUACUGUGUUGUGACAAGUCUGGCUGAACCCACCAAUAAAUACUACAAAUUCAAUGGGGAGGACAAGGAAUUGACAGUGGAGGAGCGAGAUGACCGUUUCCCAUUUCCAGCACAGGAGCGGUUUAGUAUCUUACUAUUCUCACCUGUGUCAUGGGAGGUGAUCCCCAACACGAAAAUGGAGCUUGAAGAAUGGGAGCAUGUGACAUGUUUGAAAAAUGUAAGUCUGGCAUAUGAGGGCACACGAAGUGGACUGAAGGGCUACAUUGCUGUUGGCACAAAUUACAACUAUGGGGAGGAUAUCACCAGUCGGGGCAGGAUCCUCAUCUUUGACAUUAUUGAGGUGGUACCAGAGCCUGGCCAACCACUAACCAAAAAUCGCUUCAAGAUGGUAUACUCCAAGGAGCAGAAGGGACCCGUCACAGCUAUCACACAUGUGCUGGGCUUCCUUGUGUCUGCUGUUGGCCAGAAGAUCUACAUCUGGCAGCUGAAGGACAAUGAUCUUGUGGGCGUAGCAUUUAUUGACACCAACAUCUACAUCCAUCAGCUGCUAAGCAUCAAGAGUCUGAUUUUGGUGGCAGAUGUGUACAAGUCAAUCAGUCUGCUGCGCUUCCAAGAAGAGUACCGCACUCUGUCACUUGUCAGCAGGGAUUUCCGCCCAUCAGAAGUGUAUACAUGUGAGUUCCUUCUAGACAAUACACAAAUGGGAUUCCUUGUGGCCGAUGGAGACAAGAACGUGGUGCUGUAUAUGUACCAACCUGAGUCACGAGAGAGCUUUGGAGGUCAGCGACUGCUUCGAAAGGCAGACUUCCACCUUGGUCAGCACAUCAAUACUUUCUUCAGGAUACGAUGCAAAAUGCCCGAGAAUUUUGCUGACAAGAAGUACCUCCAGGGAGCUGAGAAGAGGCAUAUCACUAUGUUUGCAACAUUGGAUGGGGGACUAGGCUAUGUUCUCCCAGUUCCAGAGAAGACUUACCGCAGACUACUCAUGUUGCAGAAUGUUUUAGUGAAUCACAUUGCACACACAGGAGGACUGAACCCCAAAGCAUUCAGAUGGUUUCACAGGACAUACAAGAGUGCAACAAAGCUACUGAGCAACCCAGCACGUGGCAUCAUUGAUGGAGAGUUGGUUUGGCUGUUCCUGGGACUCCCAACAUCUGAGAAACAAGAAGUGGCCAAGAAGAUAGGCACAAAAGUGGAUGAGAUUGCAGAUGACCUUGCAGAUAUUGAGCGACUCACUGCACAUUUCUAGAAUUGCUAGGUAUGUGAGGUUUACAGAUAAACUUACUAUCAUGAUCUCUGGUAUUCUGCCUGUCACUCUGAGGAGAGCAAAGCACCAGUCUGCUGAUCUGGAGGUAUGUGAAGAAACACUCCAGCAGUCCCACUUGCUGGUGCAGAUCACUAGAGUUCAUUUCAGGGGCUCAUGUUACAAGUGAAAUAUUGGAAAUAGAAUUUUGAGAGGAACAUAUACUUGAAUAUUAAUUGGGUACCCUGCUUUUGGAAUGGAAGUGACUUAACUGUGUGUCUUAAUUAACUUUAAGCGAUAUGCUGCAGAUAUGAAAAGCAAGGUGCUUACAAACGCUGCCUUGAACAGUUAAUAGUUGUCUGGUAAUAACAGACUUCCUGUUAUGGGACCAGAAGAUUCAUCAUCAUGUUCACAAAACGCCACCACUGGACCCUUGCAUGAGGCAGUUCAGCACUUCACAUUUUCAUGAUUUAUUACUUGAAGGUUCCUUUGAGGCUGCUAGUCUCUGCUGUUUUAUUUUGGCCAAAACCUCCAGUUGUGGUCUGAUUACAUUCCUGGCCUCUUCCCCUCCAUUAAAGGAGUCUAUUUCAGAAAUGGAGUGCAUAUGAGGUAUAUUCAACUGCUCAGACAGCCAUCAUCCUACAGUUGGCAAUAGCUGAGUUUUGUCUUGUCUUGUAGGCACUCCUACCUCCUGAUUCUUCCCAUUGUGUGAUCGAAGUAUCAGAAUUAAUUUUAAACACAAAGACAUGAAUUAAUUUUAAGCACAUAAUGACUUAUGUGACUGUAACAACUUUGAGUUUUGUAAAGCCAUAUUCAAACUAGAAUGCUCCUGAACAUCGUUCUUAUAAGCGCGUUGCCAUUCAUCUCACCUAAUCAGAUUUUGAUGUUAUGAAAUUUACUGCAAAUCUGACAGUAAUCUUUCAAAUUCAUAAACAUCCUGGCUUCUGAAGGCAGGUCCUGUUGCAUUCGAGAUUGUCAGUGAGAAGCUGCUUCUCUAAGUUUGGAUAUUUUUUUGUUUUUCCCUAGAUAACGUUUCUCUUAUACGCUUUCCUAGUCAGUUGCAAAAGUGUCAAGCCACAACAAACAGUUAUAAAUUUGUGCUGCUUUAUUUUUCUGUAGAAGACAAUGCAAGUCUGUGGAGAAUGACUGAAAUUUAGGCUUCUCAUUGCACUGGGUCAUGCCCAAACAGCAUUCAGACUUCAGGGCUGAUAUGGAUUGCA